UUUUUUUUUAAAAAAAAUACUUUUUUUAUAAAUACACAGCAUAUUUCGGGAAAAAAUAUUUUUUUUUUAAAAAAAAACAAAAAUGAUAAAUCCAAAAAAUUUAAUUCUAUAUAUAACUUUUUUUCAAAUCAUUGUUAAUAUAAAUUGUCAACAAUAUGUUCCAAAAGGAAGAGUUUUUCAUACAUCAACAUUAAUAGGAACGAGAAUAUAUUAUCUUGGCGGUCAAAAUAAUGAAAGCCUUUUAACAAAUGAUUUCUUCUAUCUUGAUAUUUCAAAAUCAUUUAAUAAAACGAAAGAUUCAUUACCAUUUGUAAAUGUAACUUUGGGUGGUUCAGUACCAAGACAUUAUGGAGCAGCAACUACCGUUUUUGGUAAAUCAAAAAAUUCGAUUUUCUUUUUUAGUGGAGAUAUAGGUGCUCUUCAAAAUACGAUACAGUUAAUAUAUACGCUUGAUACAACACAAUCACCGUUAACAUGGAAAAAUAUGGCAGUUUCUGAAAAUGAGGUUGAAAGGAGAAGAUUUUUGAGCGCAGUUACGGAUAAUAAUAACAAUGUAUAUCUUUUUGGAGGUGGAGGAGGCGGAAAAUUUGGUGAUACUCAAUACAUACGUUAUAACACAACGAAUAUUUUUGAUAGUACUAAAAAUAUUUGGACUCAUGGUACAAUCGAUAAUACAUUACUUAAAAGAGAAGGACAUACUGCCACUUUUUUACCUGAUACUAGCGAAAUAGUUUAUAUUGGAGGAUGUGGUAAUAAUGGAUUAAUAGAUAUAACUAAUGCACGUAAACU